AUGUCUGGAACAGCAAUGACUAUUGGACCAGCGGUGGUUGGAUCAAUGAUCGCCAGCUACUUAUUUGGUUGCUCGACGAUGCAAACAUACACUUACUGUAAGCGCUUUCCAGGUGAUAGAAGAGCAUUUCAAAUUCUGGUGGCAGCCGUGACGAUACUGACAUUUGCACAUAUCAUCUGCACCUUGUAUUGGACAUGGACCCUGACUGUUACAGGCUGCGAGGAUCCUGAUGGUGUAACCAUAUUCUCCAGCUCUCGGGACGCAAAUCUCAUCCUGACGCCCCUGAUUAGCACUCUUGUUCAGAUGUUUUUCAUCUACAGAUUGUUCAAAUUAUCAGGAAGCAAAACGGUCGCCGCGUUUUGUGGCAUUCUCAGCAUGUUGAAUCUUACCGGCACUUUGGUGGAUGCAGUCGGGGCACUGAGCAUUUCCGCGAACAGAACGGCACAAAACGCACGAAAUUGGUUGACAAUCACGACUCUCGUUGCAGCCACUGUUUGCGAUCUGAUAACUACGAUUGGUCUGGUGUAUGUCCUGCAGCGUGAACGCAGACGGACCACAGUUCACCAAACACACAAUAUCGCUGACCGUCUAACUCUUUGGGCAAUUGAAACUGGUCUCGCCACUAGUAUGUCUGCUGUCUUAGUCCUUGUCUUCUUUUGUGUCAUGAGGAAUACUUUCUUCUGGGCUGCUAUUUACGACGUUCUGGCUGAUGUUUAUACAAAUUCACUCCUGGCAGCACUCAAUAGCCGUAAGACCACUCGCAUUCGGGACACUCGUGUCAUCGAGUUUUCCGCCGGUCGCGACACACCAUCUGACCCUGUCAGCGAAAAGCCGGAGAUUGUUAAUUAG